AUCAAAAUAACUAAAAAGGAAUUCGAUUUUAAAUUUCAAGUUGAACAAAUAUUGAUGUCAAAUAACAUAAAAAUAUAUUUAUUUAAUAAAUUUAAUAUAUUUAUUUGAUAAAUUAGAAUAAAAAGUAAUAAAAAUGGCGGAAUACAAUCAGGGUAUGCUGCCGGAUUUGCUGCCAGUUUAUUACAAAAAGAUUUUUCCUCACAAUUUUUUCUACAGAUGGCUGAGCUAUGGUGGAGAACCAAAAAGUUACUACACUAAUCGUGAAUUUUCCUUCACAUUAAUGGACGAUGUGUAUAUACGGUAUCUAUCAUUCAGUGAUGGGCUGGAAUUCGAGAAGGAAUUAAUCAAAACGAGUCCUUUCAAGAUUGAUAUUGGGGCUGUUUUUUCUCAUAGACCCAAAGAUCAAAAAACUUUGAAGCCCGGCUCCUUUCAGGCCAUGGAGAAAGAAUUAGUCUUUGACAUCGAUAUGACAGAUUAUGAUGACGUUCGAUCCUGCUGCUCCGGGGCAGACAUAUGUCACAAUUGCUGGCCUCUUAUGGCAGUUGGUGUGCAGAUUAUUGACAGGGCCUUGAGGGAGGACUUUGGUUUUGAACACAGGCUGUGGGCGCGUGCACUCCCGUCGAACGCCAGGAGUGCAAUCGUCGAUUAUCUCACUCUUGUUAAGGGUGGUGAAAACCAGGUUAAAAAAGUUAAUUUGUCAAGCCUAUCACUACAUCCACACAUCCAAGAAUCAUUAUCAAUACUCAACGAUCGAUUUUUCGAAGACUACGCCAUCUGUAAGCAGAACUUCCUGAAUGACGACUCCAAGAUGCUGAAGAUGAUGAAGAUGCUACCAGAUGAUCUCCAAACAAUGAUCAAAAAGUUUCUCGACCAGCAAGACCCAAGUAAAUUGAACUCUAAAAAUAGAUGGGAGGCCCUCAAAAUACACGCUGACAAGAAGAGAAGCCAAUUGAUUGACCUAUCCAAUGAGAAGAAGCCACCAAAAGAUAUCAGAGAACAACUGAGAAAGCACAGCCAUCUAGUUGAAGAAAUUAAACUUCAAUACUGUUACCCUAGAUUGGAUGCCAACGUCACGAAAGGAGUAAACCAUUUAUUGAAGAGUCCAUUCUGCAUUCAUCCCAAAACCGGGCGAGUGUGUGUUCCAUUUUGUGCUGAAGAAGUCUGGCAGUUCAAUCCAUUUACUGUUCCAACAAUCACGCAGUUAUGUAAUGAACUGGAUAACCUUGACGUGACUGAUGCGAAGAAAAAAAAAGACUUCCCGCUGUGCAAAAGUUUGAAUGACGCCGUUGAGGUUUUCAAAAAGUUUGUUGAAGAUUUGGAAAAGUCAUUCUUAAAAAAGAGGAAAGAACAAAAUGAUAUGACCCUACAGUUUUGAGCUCAACAACGAAAUUCAUUUUUUGUCUCCGUAAAACAAAGAUAAAAUAACUAUAGUUUCUGUAUCUAUGUUUCUCUCGGUAACAUAGAUACAGAAGUAACAGUUCUCAUAUCUAUUGUCUGUAUUUAACUAGCAUGAAAAGACAGAAUCUAGUACCAUAUUUUUUUGGUUUUCAGGCUCUCUUAGUAAAGUUAUGAAAUUUUGGUGACUAUCAAUUGUUGGUAAUUGUAGUUAAUUGACUGGUUAAUUGAUUACUUAAUUAACUGGCCACUUAAUUACUUAUCUAAUUGAUUGUUUAGUCACAUUACCAAAAAUUUCGAA